UACAAUGAUAUUUUAACGUGAAAUACUUUAUUAAAAAACGUAUAAAAACACAUAUAAAAUGUCUAAACCACCUAUAAAGAGCAAGUUUGGGGUGAUUAAAGGCUUAAGAAGAUUGGCUUUGCCCAACAGAUCAAUGAGCGAGAAAUCAUUAAAUCGGAGACGGGAAGAAUGUGAGCGGAAGGCUCGAAGGGGCGAAAUGGACCCCCGAUUGGAAUUUGCAUUUCAACUCCUGAUGGACGCCACUGGACUACCUAGACAUGAAAUCAUGGAUCACGUGUUUGAGGGCGAUAUGCUCGAUGAGAUAAACCAACUCUUCUUGCCCCACAUGAAAAGCAAACUCAUGUGGUUUUACCAAGACGUUGAAGAGACAGAAUUACCACCCAUAGACCCCUCGAAGGCUACUACAAGUCGCCAAAUGCAACCCAGCACCAGUCGUCAAGCCCUCCUUCAACAACUCCAACCCACAUACAAGAAAAAACUCUUUUUGACCGACGGCUGGGACGUCCCUUUGGACGGCAUCUGCAUCUACAUUUUCCGCACUAGCACCACCAAACAACUCCCAGAGGAAGGCUUCCAAAAAGACUUGUUCUGUGGUGUAAUCGACGCCCAAAGAAUCGGUUUGAUAACAACAGUGGAACGCAUCAUCGAACACGUCUUCAUGGAGGCUCUAGCCCACCCAAGUCCCGACUGCGAAGACGACACUGCUAAUUGCCCAAUGGUCAAAAACCAGCUUUUGCCCGGCUUGCGCUCCUUCUGCAGUGCUUUGAAAGUCUGCGAGGAGGUUUGCAACGAGGGGAAUCUCUUCGACGACGGCGCUGGGGGGGCCCUCAUGUCGCCCCUCGACCCUGACGAAGUCCGCGAACUCUCGAAACACGUCGAGAAAGUAGCCCCGUUGGAGGACCGAGUCAAAACGUGGUCAAAACGCUUGACUGAAAUCCUGAAAGAGAGCGAGCAAGUCAGGAGGGAGAACGACUCCUCGGGGCCCCAAGACGAACUAGAGUAUUGGAAAAAAAGGGGGGCCCAAUUCUCCCAAAUCACGAAUCAAGUCAAUUCGAGUGAGGUGCAAAUGACGAUUCUUUGUCUUCGAUUAGCACGUUCUAAAGUCCUGAAAGAGUGGCUCGAAACCGAUAAAAAAAUCACGUUUUGUUACAAUGAAGCCAAAGAUAAUGCAAAGUUUAUCCAAGCUUUGGAAAAAAAUUGUCACUCUUUGUAUCUCGACGAUCCUGUUAAAAUGCGAGACUCCAUUUUGGGGUUACUCCAAACCGUGCGUUUGAUUCACAGCAUUUCGCAGUUUUAUAACACUUCUGAAAGGACUUCAGCGUUGAUGGUCAAGAUCACCAAUCAAAUGAUUGAAACUUGCAAGGAUUAUAUUACCUGUCGUGGGCAGGAGACAAUCUGGUCCCAAGAUCGGGCUUUUGUCAAGGACAAAUUGACACAAUGCAUAAUGUUGAAUAAAGUCUACCGAAAAACCUACGCUUUGGUCAAAAACCAGCCCUUUUUGCCCGGUCAACAGUCGUUCAAUUUCUCCGAAAAUUACGUUUUUGGAAAAUUUGACGCUUUUUGUCGAAGACUUGCCCGGAUUAUUGCAACUUUUGAUUUGAUUGACGAUUACACCAGUUUGUUUCAAAGACGCAUGGAGGGGUUGUUGUUGGGCGAUGCCCUUGAAGAAGCCAUUCAGAAUUUUAACGAAAUUAAAUCCAUCGUCAUGAACAAAUCGUAUGACUAUUUGGAUCAAAGAAAUAACGAGUUUAAUAACGAUUUCAAGCUGUUUUUGGCCCAAACUGACGAACUCAAAGAGAAUAUUGGAAACAUCAUUGAGAGGAAUUUCGAUAGUGUGUGGGAGACUCCUCAAGGGAUUCGAUUUUUGACACGAUUUGAAAAAGUUAGCGAGAAAAUUCCCUUGACACGAAUGGACGAUAAGUAUGACCGAAUUCUGAAAUACUGUGAAAAAGAAGUCGAUCGCAUUAUCAAAAUGUACAAGAAGCAGAAAGACGACCCUCCGGUACCUAUAAUGUUCCCACCGAUUGCUGGUCGUAUUAAAUGGGCCAGAUCAUUGCUUUGCCACUUGGACGAACUCCUUUCAUGCGUCACAACUCACCACAUUUUAAAAAAUCUCCCAGCAACGGCGGAAUUAUCCCGAAGACAUAAAGCAGCAGAAACGACACUAAAAUCAUACGAAACCGAUAUGGUGGCCAUUUGGAUGAAUCAACAUAUUUGCGACGUGGAUGGUUGUUUAAAGCGCCACCUUUUGGCCGUGUGUCCCGAACAACAACGCCUUAAAGUCAACCUUCAUAACACCAUCCCACUUUUGAUCCGCGAAACCGACUUAAUGAUCAAAAUGGACCUUCCUGUACCAAUGGUAGCUUUGACACUGUAUUCCAAACAGGAGCAUUUUAGUUUGAUUAAAGACCACCUCCAGUUUUUGAUCGAGGAUUUGCUAACAGUUGUGCGAUGUGUGAAACUUGAAGUGAGACCUCUGUUUUUGCCCCAUUUGGUCAAACUGACCGACAUCGUGGCGGAAGGUUUGCAUAGAUUGACUUGGGUUUCAGCCGAUUGGAAGAAAUUCGUCGAUAGAGCAAACGAGAGUAUUAACAAGUUUAAAGUUUUGACCGAACGAGUCCAUGAUGUUUACACUAAUCGAGUCUUGGAGGUCCUCACCACCAUGCAAUCGGUCCAACUCCACGCUCUACCAGAGGAAGACGAUCCUUGGAGCGUUGACGACUUCUGCGACAAAAUGGACCACGUUUGUAGGUCAGCAGCGACGGAAUUGCACCGAAAAAGCCUCAUGGUGGAGGAAGCCGUCGAGGAAAUUCUAACUCUGGUACGCAAAGCCCAGAUUGGUGACUCCCAAUCCCAGGAGGAGUUCUUCUCUGAAGAAGAUCACGCCGAAAUUGAGAGUUCUUCGACUCAACAACAGUCAGAUUGGACUCUAGUUUGGGAAUGUUUCGAGAAACCCCAUCUUUUGCUCAGUGGGGGCAUGUCAAAGGCUAUGGAAGACAUGGUUCGAGGAGCAGUGAACGAAAUGAGACGCUACUACAGCAGAAAAGUGGUAGAUGUCCUAGUGAAGGUCACAAGACAGUCUUUAGAGGCUCUCCGAAGACGAUUUUCCAUCGAUUCAGAACGAACUCCAGUUUUUGUCCUGAAUUCGGUUCUGAUGAUCCCCAAAGUGGCCAUUCAACCGAAUUUGGAGGAAGUGCAAGAAGUGUUGAACUUGGCUGGGAGGAAUAUCACUUCAGUGUCAAAAGGAGUGGGACAAUGGACGGGAGGAAAGCCACAGAAAGCGCCCAAAGGAGUGGUCCCCACCAAAGAGGAGGAUUUCAGGACGAGAAGAAGGAAAUUGUAUCGACUUGCGACGGAGGAAAAGCCGAUGUUUCCCUUCCAACACAAGAAUUUUCACAGUUUUGUUAUGGAGAAUAAGGAAGUCAUGAAGACUCUAUCUUUGUUGUCGAUUUGUACCCAAGACAUGAAACAGGAAAUGACUCAAUUUAUUUCGCGUUGGAGGCCUUACAACAUCCUCUGGAGGAACGAAAAGACACAAAGGGAGCUUUUGACGGCUUGUUUAACCGAAUUUGAGACUUCGUUGAGAAAGCACGAGGAAUUGAACGAGAAACUUGGAACCGAACCGGAUGUUUUUGUGAUUAGUGCUUGUUUGGCGAUUUCUACUGAAAAACUGAAAUAUGGGUUGAUUACUGAAAUCAGGUCGUGUACUCAUAGAAUUGGCCAAGCAAUGAAGAAAAAGUAUAGACGCGAAAUGGACUACGUCUAUGCUGUGAUAAGCGAAAUGGAGCGAAAAUUGGAACGCACAAUUCGCGAUUUGGACGACGUUCGCCUAAUAAUGGACACAUUGAAAAAAAUCCGGGAACAAGAAGUAGACAUGGAGUUGAAAAUUGAUCCAAUUGAAGAAGCUUUCAACGUUUUAAAUCGAUACGAUGUAAUAUUUGAACGCGAAAUAAUGGAACAAGUGGACAAUCUGAGAGACACGUGGAAUCGCCUCUUGAAAAAUGCUCUAAAAGUCCACGUGCACCUCCUAGAAAUGCAGCCCCAAUUCCAGCAAGAUUUGCGUUCAAAUUUGGAGAAGUUUCGUCAAGAUAAAAUUGAUUAUUGCAAUGAGUACCGCACUGCUGGACCCAUGCAACCAGGGCUUAGCCCUCGUGAAGCCUCCGACCGACUUAUUCUCUUCCAAAACCGGUUUGAUGGUAUGUGGCGCAAACUCCAAACGUACCAAAGUGGCGAAGAACUCUUCGGGUUACCCCAAACCGAUUACCCCGAUUUGGCUCAAAUUCGCAAAGAGUUGAACCUUUUGCAAAAGUUAUACAAACUUUACAACGACGUCAUUGAUCGAGUUACAAGUUACUACGAUAUUCCGUGGGGGGAGGUUAAUAUUGAAGAAAUCAAUAACGAGUUAAUGGAGUUUCAAAAUCGCUGUCGCAAACUCCCCAAAGGUCUGAAAGAAUGGCCCGCUUUCUUCGCCUUGAAGAAAACCAUUGACGAUUUCAAUGAUAUGUGCCCCCUUUUGGAACUGAUGGCAAACAAAGCGAUGAAACCACGACAUUGGCAAAGAAUUAUGGACUCGUUGAAGCACAUUUUUGAAUUUGAAAGUGAAGGUUUUUGCCUGAAAAACAUCCUUGAAGCGCCUUUACUCCAACACAAAGAAGAUAUUGAAGACAUUUGUAUUUCGGCUAUGAAAGAAAAAGACAUCGAAGCCAAACUCCGUCAAGUGACAAACGAAUGGUCGGUCCAUGAGCUAACCUUCAUGACAUUCAACAAUCGUGGAGAGUUGCUCUUGCGUGGGGACACCACAGCUGAGACCAUUGGCCAACUCGAGGACAGUUUGAUGGUCCUUGGAUCCCUCCUUUCAAACCGCUACAACGCCCCAUUCCGGAAACAGAUCCAGCAAUGGGUCCACGACUUAUCCAACACCAACGAGAUCCUCGAACGCUGGUUGCUGGUCCAGAACAUGUGGGUGUACCUGGAGGCCGUGUUCGUCGGUGGCGACAUCGCCAAACAACUCCCGAAAGAAGCCAAACGUUUCUCGAAAAUCGACAAAUCCUGGCAGAAAAUCAUGCAAAGAGCACACGAAACUCCAGGAGUUGUGGCGUGUUGUGUCGGGGAUGACAUGCUCAAGCAACUCUUGCCUCAUUUGCAAGAACAGUUGGAGUUGUGUCAGAAAUCCUUGAGUGGGUAUUUGGAACGGAAGAGGAUGAUGUUUCCGAGGUUCUUCUUCGUCUCGGAUCCAGCCCUUUUGGAGAUUCUGGGUCAAGCCUCCGAUUCGCACACCAUCCAGAACCAUCUCCUGUCCAUUUUUGACAACACCAGAUGGGUUAAAUUCCACGAUAUCGAGUAUAAUAAAAUCACAGCGAUCAUCUCCUCCGAAGGGGAAAUGAUCCAAUUGGAGAAGGCGGUCAGGGCUGAAGGGAGUGUUGAGACUUGGUUGACCCAAUUGUUGGUCACUUCGCAGGCUUCUUUACAUUCCAUCAUUCGACAAGCCAAUUUUAUGAUCAAUGAUGGCAAUUUCCAGUUGUUGCUUUUCUUGGAGAAAAUGCCGGCACAAAUUGGUCUCCUGGGGUUGCAAAUGAUUUGGACCAGGGACGCCGAAGUGGCCCUCAUGCAAGCCCGCCACGAUAAAAAAGUUAUGGCGGACACAAACAACAAGUUUUUAGAACUCCUCAACACACUCAUUGACCAAACGACAAGAGAUCUCACCAAAAUUGAACGAACCAAAUUUGAGACUUUGAUCACGAUUCAUGUGCACCAAAGAGACAUUUUCGAUAUUUUAUGUCGCAUGAAUGUGAGACAUGUCAACGAUUUCGAGUGGUUGAAACAAUGCCGAUUUUACUUCAAAGAAGAGUUGGAUAAGACUUUGAUUAUCAUCACUGAUGUUACUUUCUCGUACCAGAAUGAGUAUUUGGGGUGCACUGAUCGGCUGGUCAUAACACCACUCACUGACAGAUGUUAUAUUACCCUCGCCCAAGCCUUGGCAAUGAGCAUGGGUGGCGCCCCUUGUGGCCCUGCUGGAACAGGCAAAACCGAAACUGUCAAAGACAUGGGCAAAACUCUCGCAAAAUACGUCGUAGUAUUCAAUUGUUCCGACCAAAUGGACUAUCGAGGUCUCGGUCGAAUCUACAAAGGCUUAGCCCAAUCAGGAUCAUGGGGCUGUUUCGACGAAUUUAACCGAAUUGAACUACCAGUAUUAUCAGUGGCGGCACAACAAGUCGCUGUUGUUUUAGCCAGUAAAAAGGAGAAACGCAAAAGUUUCCAAUUUACCGAUGGUGAUAUCGUCGAAAUGUGCCCAGAAUUUGGAAUUUUCAUCACAAUGAACCCGGGUUAUGCUGGUCGAAAAGAACUCCCCGAGAACCUCAAAAUUCAGUUUCGAACAGUUGCAAUGAUGGUACCCGAUCGUCAGAUUAUAAUUCGGGUUAAAUUAGCGAGUUGUGGGUUCCUUGAAAAUAUCACUCUGGCACGGAAAUUCUACACUUUGUACAAAUUAUGUGAGGAACAACUCACAAAACAGGUUCAUUACGAUUUUGGCCUUCGCAAUAUUUUAUCAGUCUUGCGUAGUUUAGGUGCAGCAAAAAGGGUCAAUAACAAAGACACCGAAAGCACGAUAGUAAUGCGAGUAUUACGCGACAUGAACCUUUCCAAACUCAUCGACGAAGAUGAACCUUUGUUUAUUUCACUAGUAGCCGACCUUUUCCCGAACCAAGCCCUCGAAAAAACCGCUUAUCCCGACCUGGAAGAGGCCAUCGACGGCCAAGUGGAGGCCGCAGGCCUCGUCAACCACCCCCCAUGGGGGCUAAAACUGAUCCAGUUGUUCGAAACCCAACGCGUGAGACACGGUAUCAUGACUUUGGGGCCCACAGGCGCCGGGAAAACCACCUGCAUCCAGACCCUAAUGCGCUCCCUGACCCAAAUGGGGGACUUCCACCGGGAAAUGCGGAUGAACCCCAAAGCCAUCACCGCGGCCCAAAUGUUCGGGCGUUUGGACGUCGCAACCAACGACUGGACCGAUGGGAUUUUCUCCGCUUUGUGGCGAAAAACCCUAAAAUUGAAACCAGGAGAACACGUAUGGUUGGUCCUGGAUGGUCCAGUUGACAGUAUCUGGAUCGAAAACCUCAACUCAGUCCUUGAUGAUAACAAAACCCUAACUUUGGCAAACGGUGAUCGGUUAUCAAUGGCCCCCACGUGCAAAAUCAUUUUUGAACCCCACAACAUUGAUAAUGCGUCACCAGCAACCGUUUCCCGGAACGGAAUGGUUUACAUGAGCUCAUCCGGUUUGAACUGGAAACCGGUUGUAACCGCAUGGUUGAAAAAACGGAGUCCACGUGAACAGGAGUUGUUCCAGAAGUUGUUCGAUGACUCGUAUGGGGAGUUGUACAGUUGGGGGACCCAAAACUUGUCUUUGGUCAUUGACGUGCUUGAAUGCAAUGUUACUUUGCAAAUGUUGCACUUGUUGGAGGGGUUAAUACCGGUCCAGGUUGAAACCAUUGAGGAUGUUUCCGGUUCCAAGUCGGAUCAAGGCGAUGAUGAUGAUUUGGUUGAGGAAACGGAGAAAAUUGAGGAGAAUAAACCCUUCACAGUUGAACAUUUGGGCAAAUUGUACGUUUUUGCCCUGGUUUGGGGCAUGGGGGCGUUCCUGGAAACCCAAGACAGAGCCAAGUACGAUUUGUUCCUCAAACAAAACUUGCCUCAAUUGGACUUACCCAAAAACGACCGAAAAAAUCCAGACGCUACAGUUUUUGACUAUGUUGUGAAUCUGGAUGGUGAUUGGGUCUUGUGGAGCACAAUGGUGACCAAUUACGUUUACCCCGAAUUGGCCACUCCCGAAUAUGCCACAAUUUUAAUCCCAAUCCCAGACAAUGUCCGAAUAAACUACCUAAUCCACACUAUAGCCAAGCAAGAGAAAGCAGUUUUGGUAGUCGGUGAGCAAGGAACCGCAAAGACAGUCAUGAUGAAAUCAUACAUAAAAAAUGCCAAUCCUGAAAUCUACCUAAACCGUUCAUUUAACUUCUCAAGUGCCACUUCCCCGUACCAAUUCCAAAAAACCAUCGAAAGCUACGUGGAAAAACGAAUGGGGAACACCUUUGGUGCCCCCAAUGGUAAAAAAAUGCUCAUCUUCAUCGACGAUAUCAACCUCCCGGAGAUCAACUGCUGGGGGGACCAAAUCACCAACGAGAUUGUGCGCCAAACCAUGGAUAUGGGUGGUUUUUACAGUCUGGAAAAACCAGGAGAGUUCACUACCAUCAUCGAUGUGCAGUUUGUGGCCGCGAUGGGGCAACCUGGAGGGGGCAGGAAUGAUAUUCCGUCGCGACUUAAACGACAAUUUUGUCUGUUUAACUGUCCAUUGCCCAUGGAUGCGUCCAUUGAUAAGAUUUUUGGGGUUAUUGCGCAAGGACACUACAAUGUUAAGAGAGGGUUCACGGUGGAAGUGAGGAAUCUGGUCAAGAAACUGGUUCCUUUGACGAGACUUUUGUGGAAGAAUACGAGGGCUAAGUUGUUGCCCACGCCUGCCAAGUUCCAUUAUGUCUUCUCGUUGAGGGAUUUGUCGAGGAUUUGGCAAGGAAUGAUCGGGACACUAUCAACCGUCAUCGAAUCCGAAGGUUGCAUGAUGGUCCUCUGGAAACACGAAUGUACCCGAGUCUUCUCCGACCGUUUCACCAUCGAAGAAGACAAAAAAUGGUUCGAUGCCGAGUUAUUGGKCUUGGUUGAGGGAGAAUUAGGUCCCGGAUUUCGGYCAAAAACAGAACCAAAUCCCGUCUUCGUCGAUUUCAUGAGGGACGCUCCCGAACCAACCGGCGAAGAGGGAGAAGACGCUGACAUGGAACUCCCAAAAGUGUACGAACCUGUCACCGACGAAAACGAACUCCGGGAACGUCUCGACAUGUUUUUGGCACAAUUCAACGAAAUGGUUCGGGGAUCUGGCAUGGAUUUGGUCUUUUUCCCGGAUGCUAUGCUCCAUCUCGUGAAAAUAUCACGGGUUAUUAGGCACCCGAGAGGGAAUGUUAUGCUAGUUGGUGUUGGUGGGAGUGGAAAACAGUCUUUGACGAAGCUAUCGUCGUUCAUAGCCGGCUAUAAAACCUUCCAAAUCACUUUAACAAGAUCCUACAACAUUGCAAAUUUUUUGGAAGACCUCAAAGUGCUCUACCGAUCCUGUGGUUGUCAAGGAAAAGGCACCACUUUCAUCUUCACUGACUUGGAUAUCAAAGAAGAGGGGUUUUUGGAGUACUUGAACAACAUUCUCUCCUCAGGUGUGAUUUCCAACUUAUUUACCAAAGACGAACAAGCUGAAAUAAUCCAAGAGGUGACCCCUGUCAUGAAACGAGAGAACCCCAAAAGAAUCAUAAACCCUGAAAGCGUGAUGGAGUAUUUCAUGAAUCGCACAUGUCAAAAUCUUCAUGUGGUGUUUUGCUUCUCUCCGGUGGGGGAGAAGUUCCGGAACCGCGCAUUGCGUUUCCCUGCUUUGAUUUCAGGAUGCACCAUUGAUUGGUUCCAACCUUGGCCUAAAGACGCUCUAGUUUCAGUAGCUCGUCAUUUCCUCACCGAUUUCAAAAUCGCGUGCAGUGACCAAGUGAAGGAGGAGUUGGUCACAGCUUUGGGUUCCAUUCAAGACAUUGUUUCAGCGACUUCAGUGGAGUAUUUUCAGAGGUUCCGACGCGCGACUCAUGUCACCCCAAAGUCGUACCUGAAUUUCAUAGCCGGCUACAAGAGUAUUUACAAAAACAAGAAAAAAGAAUUGAGUGAUGGUGCUUUAAGAAUGGARACCGGAUUAGAGAAACUGGCRGAAGCAUCGUCUUCGGUUUUGGUACUGAAAAAAGAGUUGGCUUCUAUGGAAAAAGAACUAGCCGAUGCGUCAAAACGCGCUGAAAAYGUUUUGACUGAAGUCACCGAAAGGGCAAUGCAAGCUGAAAUUGUCAAAAAUCAAGUGCAYAAAGUGAAAGAAAAGGCUGAAAUUUUYGUAACGUCGAUUGCUGCUGAAAAAGCUUUGGCCGAGGAGAAACUUGAAGCUGCUAAACCYGCCUUGGAGGAAGCUGAAGCUGCGCUGAAUACAAUCAAACCGGCUCAUAUCGCAACUGUUCGGAAAUUGGGAAGGCCACCACAUUUGAUUAUGAGGAUUAUGGAUUGUGUUCUUGUGUUGUUUCAAAGGAAGUUGCAUCCGGUUAUUCCAGAUAUGYCGGCUUCGUGUCCCAAACCCUCGUGGGCUGAGUCUCUCAAGAUGAUGGCUUCGACCACCUUCCUCCUCCAACUCCAAAACUACCCCAAAGACAUCAUCAACAARGAAAUGGUCGAAUUCCUGCAGCCCUACUUCGAAAUGGAAGACUACAACAUGGACACAGCAAAACGCGUCUGUGGCGACGUCGCCGGCCUCCUCUCCUGGACCAAAGCAAUGGCAUUUUUCCACAGCGUAAACCGCGAAGUCCUCCCACUCAAAGCCAACCUAACACUCCAAGAAGCCCGACUCAAAGUCGCAAUGGAAGACCUCGCAGCUGUUGAACAACAACUAGAAGAACGCGAACAAUCCCUCCGCGAGGUCAAAGACCAAUACGACACUGCAGUCCUUGAAAAACAACGCUUAACAGACGCAGCCAACUCGUGUUUGCGCAAAAUGAACACAGCAACAACACUAAUCAAUGGUUUAGGGGGCGAAAAAGUGAGAUGGACCCAACAGAGUAGGGAGUUUAAGGAGCAAUUAGGGCGUUUAGUCGGGGAUGUGCUUCUCGCAACGGGAUUUUUGUCCUAUUGUGGGCCCUAUAAUCAAGAGUUUAGGGCAAAUUUAGUCAAGACUUGGGGGGAAAUCCUUGGGGUGAAGGAAAUCCCUUUUACUCAAAACCUCAACAUUACUAAUAUGUUGGUGGAAAGUGCAACAUUGUCCGAAUGGACACUCCAAGGCCUUCCAAAUGACGAAUUAUCAGUCCAAAAUGCUCUAAUUGUCACAAAAUCACGCUCAUAUCCCCUCCUAAUCGACCCCCAAAAUCAGGGAAAAAUGUGGAUCAAAAACAAAGAGUCCAAUAAUAACCUCCAAAUCACCUCCCUCAAUCACAAAUACUUCAGGACUCACCUCGAGGAUUGUCUCUCGUUGGGGAAACCCCUCCUGAUUGAGGAUAUCGAUGUUGAGCUUGACCCGGUUUUGGACAACGUCCUCGAGAAGAAUUUCAUCAAGUCAGGAUCAAUCGAAAAGGUCAUUGUUGGUGAUAAAGAAUGCGAUGUUUUGAAAGGUUUCAUGCUUUAUAUCACUACCAAACUCCCAAAUCCCCCAUACUCCCCCGAAAUUAGUGCUAAAACUUCCAUCAUUGACUUCACCGUGACCAUGUUGGGCCUCGAGGACCAACUCCUAGGCCGCGUCAUCCUCAUGGAGAAGUCCGAUUUGGAGGCCGAAAGAGUGGCCCUCUUCGAAUCAGUGAUGCAAAACCAAAGACGAAUGAAAGAACUCGAGUCCAAUCUUCUCAGUAGACUCAACUCCUCGGAGUGUUCUUUAGUCGAAGACGAAGAACUCAUAAAUGUGUUGCAAGUGACGAAAACAACUUCAGAAGAAGUGAACCAAAAGCUCUCAGUUUCAGUCCACACCGAGAAGAAGAUCAAUGUUGCAAGAGAGGAGUUUCGUGCUGUUGCAGCCCGAGGCUCAAUUCUUUAUUUCCUCAUCGUGGAGAUGAGCAAUGUUAAUGUCAUGUACCAAAAUUCCCUCAAACAAUUCUUGAURAUUUUCGACAAUUCCAUCACCAAAUCCGAGAAAAAUCCAGAUACGAGUGACCGAAUUCGGAUUAUUUUGCGAUAUUUGACCAAAGAAGUUUGGGCUUUCACUCAAAGAAGUUUGUARGAGAGACACAAAGCGUUGUUUACGCUCAUGAUGGCGAUGAAAAUUGAUCUUCAAAAUGGUUUAAUCACUCAUGAGGAGUUUAUGGUYUUUAUUAAAGGGGGGGCUUCGUUGGAUUUGAAUGCGGUGCAACCGAAACCGUUUCGCUGGAUUUUGGACAUAACGUGGUUGAAUUUGGUCGAAAUUAAUAAAUUGAAGACUUUUGCGGAGAUUUUGGGUAAGAUUGAAGGGAAUGAAAAGGAGUGGAGGGUUUGGUAUGAGAAGGAAAGGCCCGAAGAAGAGGAAAUACCGUGUGGGUACCAAAAAAGUCUUGAUGUUUUUAGGAAAUUGCUGUUAAUACGGUCCUGGAGCCCUGAUAGGACUUUAUCGCAAGCGAGGAAAUACAUUAUGGACUCUCUCGGUAAGGAAUACGGUGAGCCUUGCAUCCUCGAUUUGGAGGCAACCUGGUCGGAGUCCGAGGCCCGAACCCCCUUAAUCUGCAUCCUUUCGAUCGGUUCGGACCCCUCGCCCCAAAUUUCAGCCUUAGCAAAAUCAAAAGAAAUGACUCUGAAAGCGGUUUCCAUGGGCCAAGGCCAAGAAGUGGUCGCUCGUGACAUGAUCGAAUGGUCGAUGCAAAACGGUGGUUGGGUCCUCCUCCAAAACGUCCAUUUAUCUCUACCAUUCGCCACCGAAGUGAUGACAGUGGUUGUGGACACCGAAACCAUCCAUGAGAAUUUCCGAAUUUGGCUCACCACCGAAGUCCACGAACAAUUCCCCAUUGGUUUGCUCCAAAUGGCGAUUAAAUUCACCAAUGAGCCGCCGCAAGGAAUUCGCGCUAGCAUGAAACGGACUUACCAGAACAUCACUCAGGACUAUUUGGACUACUCGGCCCAAUACCAAUGGCCUCCGUUGCUGUACGCCGUGGCCUUUUUGCACACCGUAGUCCAAGAAAGGCGAAAAUUUGGACCCCUGGGUUGGAACGUCCCUUACGAGUUCAAUCAAGCCGAUUUCGCCGCCUGUGUCCAAUUUAUACAAAACCAUUUGGACGAUAUGGACCCCAAAAAGGGGGUGUCGUGGCCCACAGUGUGCUAUAUGUUAGGGGAAGUCCAAUACGGGGGUAGAGUCACCGACGAUUUUGAUAAAAGACUACUAACAACCUUCACUCAAGUUUGGUUCUGCGACGUCCUUUUACGCCCCGGUUUUGAGUUCUAUAAAGGCUACAAAGUGCCCCAAACUCGAAAUUUGCAAGGCUAUGUUGACUACAUCAAUAGCCUUCCCACCACCGACAGUCCUGAAGUCUUUGGUUUGCAUGCAAACGCCGAUAUCACUUAUCAGAUAAACACAGCGAAGGGUAUUUUGGACACGAUUUUGAGCGUGCAACCCAAAGAAGGGGGCAGUCAAGGGGGCGAAACACGCGAAAGUGUCGUCUACAGUCUUGCCCAAGACAUGUUGGAGAAGUUACCACAACAGUARAACAGUUUUGAGGUCAAAGAAGCGCUACAAAGGAUGGGGGCGCUUCUACCAAUGAACAUUUUCCUGAGACAAGAAGUCGACCGGAUUCAGAAAGUUUUGAAAGAGGUGAAAACGACUUUGUGUGACUUGAAAUUAGCCAUCGAUGGGACAAUUGUAAUGAGUCAAGGCCUAAGAUGUGCCUUGGACGCCAUGUACGACGCCAGAAUCCCAGACKGAUGGCAAAAAAUCUCCUGGGAAUCCGCCACUUUAGGUUUUUGGUACACUGAACUUUUGGAACGAGACGCCCAAUUUCGCACUUGGUGUAAUAACGGCAAACCUAAUGUUUUUUGGAUGACUGGUUUUUUCAAUCCGCAAGGUUUCCUCACUGCAAUGCGUCAAGACGUCACAAGGGCCCAUAAGGGCUGGGCGUUGGAUUCUGUCGUUUUGCAGAAUUUAAUUACAAGAUACAACAAAGAGGAUUUGAAAGAAGGGCCGGCUGAAGGGGUCUAUGUCCAUGGACUGUUCCUCGAAGGUGCUGGACUCGAUAGAAGAAGUGGUAAAUUAAUUGAAAGCAAACCGAAAGUGCUUUAUGAGCUAAUGCCGGUUAUUUAUAUCUAUGCUAUUAACACAACGGCGGGAAAAGACCCCAAACUGUAUGAAUGUCCGAUUUAUAGGAAACCCCAAAGAACCGAUCAAAAAUAUGUCGGUUCAAUUGAUUUUGAAACUGAUCAUAAUCCCAGGCAUUGGACACUUAGAGGAGUCGCGUUAUUGUGUGACAUUAAGUAA